CCUCCUGGAAUUCCUCCAGGAAUUCCCCCUGGAAUUCCUCCAGGAAUUCCUCCUGGAAUUCCUCCAGGAAUUCCCCCUGGAAUUCCUCCAGGAAUUCCUCCAGGAAUUCCUCCUGGAAUUCCUCCAGGAAUUCCUCCUGGAAUUCCUCCAGGAAUUCCUCCUGGAAUUCCUCCAGGAAUUCCUCCUGGAAUUCCUCCAGGAAUUCCUCCUGGAAUUCCUCCAGGAAUUCCUCCUGGAAUUCCUCCAGGAAUUCCUCCUGGAAUUCCUCCAGGAAUUCCUCCUGGAAUUCCUCCAGGAAUUCCUCCUGGAAUUCCUCCAGGAAUUCCUCCUGGAAUUCCUCCAGGAAUUCCUCCUGGAAUUCCUCCAGGAAUUCCUCCUGGAAUUCCUCCAGGAAUUCCUCCUGGAAUUCCUCCAGGAAUUCCUCCUGGAAUUCCUCCAGGAAUUCCUCCUGGAAUUCCUCUAGGAAUUCCUCCUGGAAUUCCUCCAGGAAUUCCUCCUGGAAUUCCUCCAGGAAUUCCUCCUGGAAUUCCUCCAGGAAUUCCUCCUGGAAUUCCUCCAGGAAUUCCUCCUGGAAUUCCUCCAGGAAUUCCUCCUGGAAUUCCUCCAGGAAUUCCUCCUGGAAUUCCUCCAGGAAUUCCUCCUGGAAUUCCUCCAGGAAUUCCUCCUGGAAUUCCUCCAGGAAUUCCUCCUGGAAUUCCUCCAGGAAUUCCUCCAGGAAUUCCUCCAGGAAUUCCUCCAGGAAUUUCUCCUGGAAUUCCUCCAGGAAUUCCUCCUGGAAUUCCUCCAGGAAUUCCUCCUGGAAUUCCUCCAGGAAUUCCUCCUGGAAUUCCUCCAGGAAUUCCUCCUGGAAUUCCUCCAGGAAUUCCUCCUGGAAUUCCUCCAGGAAUUCCUCCUGGAAUUCCUCCAGGAAUUCCUCCUGGAAUUCCUCCAGGAAUUCCUCCUGGAAUUCCUCCAGGAAUUCCUCCUGGAAUUCCUCCAGGAAUUCCUCCUGGAAUUCCUCCAGGAAUUCCUCCUGGAAUUCCUCCAGGAAUUCCUCCUGGAAUUCCUCCAGGAAUUCCUCCUGGAAUUCCUCCAGGAAUUCCUCCUGGAAUUCCUCCAGGAAUUCCUCCUGGAAUUCCUCCAGGAAUUCCUCCUGGAAUUCCUCCAGGAAUUCCUCCUGGAAUUCCUCCAGGAAUUCCUCCUGGAAUUCCUCCAGGAAUUCCUCCUGGAAUUCCUCCAGGAAUUCCUCCUGGAAUUCCUCCAGGAAUUCCUCCUGGAAUUCCUCCAGGAAUUCCUCCUGGAAUUCCUCCAGGAAUUCCUCCUGGAAUUCCUCCAGGAAUUCCUCCUGGAAUUCCUCCAGGAAUUCCUCCUGGAAUUCCUCCAGGAAUUCCUCCUGGAAUUCCUCCAGGAAUUCCUCCUGGAAUUCCUCCAGGAAUUCCUCCUGGAAUUCCUCCAGGAAUUCCUCCUGGAAUUCCUCCUGGAAUUCCUCCAGGAAUUCCUCCUGGAAUUCCUCCAGGAAUUCCUCCUGGAAUUCCUCCAGGAAUUCCUCCUGGAAUUCCUCCAGGAAUUCCUCCUGGAAUUCCUCCAGGAAUUCCUCCUGGAAUUCCUCCAGGAAUUCCUCCUGGAAUUCCUCCAGGAAUUCCUCCUGGAAUUCCUCCAGGAAUUCCUCCUGGAAUUCCUCCAGGAAUUCCUCCUGGAAUUCCUCCAGGAAUUCCUCCUGGAAUUCCUCCAGGAAUUCCUCCUGGAAUUCCUCCAGGAAUUCCUCCAGGAAUUCUUCCAGGAAUU